GGUUCAAAUUAACAUAGAGAGUCUGCUUAUCAGCAGUUGUCAUAUUGAAAUUUUGACUUUAUUUCUACAGAGAUAAGAGUGGUUUAAAGGAGAGGAGAAAGCGUGAAGACAUGGUCAGGAAUUAAAAGAGAAAAACAGAACAUGGCAUUGCAGUACCUGACAUGAUGCUGAGGGCAGUCAGACGGUUGACCUUAGCUAAUAAAUCAAUCUGGACUACAAUAAAGGACUUUAAUGUAACCUACCGUACCUUGGCUCUGUACUGCAAAACAUUCACCCCAGCUGAAAUACAGAGUCAGACAGUUCUCCAAACUCCAAAGCAUGUUUCAUAAUAUUUUAUGUUAACGUUUGUUCAAUGGCUAUUUUCAAUGACUUUUUCUAGCUCAAUGAUAAACAUUUUCUGUGCCUGACUUUCAUGUUCACAUUCAUGUGAAAAAAUUAGAACAAUCAUUUUGUCCUUGUUUUAUUAGCUGCAAAAUCCACUGUGAUAUCUUACCCAUUGGAGUAAGACAAAAUACCCGAUGGUGGGGCAACAUGUCACAUGUUCACACUCUCUAUUUGAUUGCUUAUAACUCUGCACUGACACAAGAUAUGAAAAUGACAUGAAUACAAAAUAUAUACCCGAGACUUCGGUCUUUCAUCUGGUUCACAUUUUGUUUAUAUAUGAUGUAUUGAUUCCAAGAAAUACAUAUAAGUGUAAAAAGUGUGACAACAAGCCCCGGUCUCCCAUAUAGGCUGUAAACGCAACACAAAAAUCAAUGGAAGUUACAGAAACAAAAAUUAGCUGCAAAAUAAAAAUCUGCAUCUUCAGGCACCACAAUGCAAUUGCCUGGGGACUGUAAGAACAGGCCUCCUCAGUGUAACAGUGAAUUACUUCUAACCUUUCAGGGCUUUGACCCUCUGUCUCACAUGUAUUUACACAUUAAUGACUUAGUUACACAACUGCAGUCUUUAUCUCACGCAUUUCCACACAGUCACGCUUGCCAAUUGAUUUGCUUUGCAAGGCAAGUUAAGGUUUAUCUUGUUAAAGAACAUGUCAGCUCACCCACAAACGCCUCAUUCAGUGGAAAAGAUACUCUCCCCCCUUGGCAAUAACUCAAUCUGCUAUCAAAACUAUUUUAACGGAGUGUUAUUAUCUCACAUAGAGUUAGUUAAGCAGAAAGCCAAUUGAAUUAAAGCUGAAACAUUUAGUUAUUGAUUAUAUUAAUUCAAAGAACAUUAGUACAUGACUAGAUAGUCUGCCCUGUCCUGUAUAGAUUUUUGACAAGUGUUGGUGAAGGCCUGCUGUUCAUUCAGUUACUGUAUUUGACAGAAGAGGGCAGCACUAACAUGUUCAUACCACAAAAUUAACUUUGACAGCACCACAGUGCAGGUCAUUGCUAUUCUUUCAAUAUAAAACUUUUGAUAUGGUAAAAACUGGUUUGAUAAAAGAGGAUAAGUAGUGCAUAUAAACAUAACACCACCUCUUUAAAAGGUAGUUUAUGGAUCGGUUCCUAAAAGACUCCAUUUGCAUCUAUUUUUUCCAGCAAAAUUCUUUAUUGGUAGUUUGGCUUUCCCAAGAUAAAACAAAUGUAAACAUAAAUCUACUAAGCAAGAGAUGAUGUUAUGUUAGUAAUACACCCUUUUAAAAAUAGUGAUCCAUGCAAACGAUCAAUCUACUUUUUGCUUAGAUGAACAGACAUGUUGGAGAAAUUCCCUUUGAAUAAAAUGUCUGGCUUUACUCUGCAGUCACGAAACAUUUGUCCUGGCUCUGCACUACUCUUGGACCUGACCUCUGGCUCUUUUCCCAUAAGUAUCUUGACUACACCCUGCUGUCAUAAAGACUGUGUCUCCCAUCUGCAGAUCCACUGGGACUGCAGCUCAGAAGCUCCAGCUGUUUCUCUUCCUGUAAAGGGAAUCUUGAAUGUGGGUCUUGUAGAUACUGACACUUUCCCAGGAUCAGUAUGUCUUUUAUGUACGGUUUUGGUUCUCCUGGUUUUGCCCACUGUUGCCUGAUGCACCCAGGAAAGCUUGAACCAUUGCUGUCCUCAGAAAAUUGCAGUAUUUAUGCAAAGCAGAUAGAAUGCAGAACUUGUACAUUUUUUAUCGUCCCACCUUUUCCUUAUUUACCUUUUUGGAAACUGAUGUGUGAAGCCAGUUGUGGAUUGAGUUUUGGAUUUCCUAAUCAUCUCCUUGGAUUAGAAGUUGCUUUUACCUCCAUGUGGUUGUUUUGGCACCUAAAACCGCAGCUUCAAGCAGGUUUUUGUUGAAAAAUGAUGAUUGUGCAUGACAGAUCAACCAGGGGAUCAAAGAUUAUGCUCCACAGUGGUCUUUAAAAUCAACACAAAAAUCAAAGUUACUCACAGGGGCUUUAAGUUGCUUUAUUAAAAUGAUGUAAUCUUUUGUUCGAAGUACAUCAUGAUCUUGUAAAAACAAUAUGACCUCGCAGCUUUUAAAAAUUUACCUAAAUUGAUCUUUACACACAAUGUGCCACAGUCUUGUAGCCUUUAGAUCGCUGCAAUCUGUUCUCUUAUGAUGACACAUGAAACAACUGACUUUACUGCUUGGAUGUGCCAUUUUCCCCCCUCUAUAAAAGUCUGUAAUACAUCUAUAGCUAUAGGGUUUUGUAAGGUCAGUAACCAGGCACACACAGUGGUGCUUUUAAUACUGAAUCAGAGCAAUGACAGUUUAAAUAUUGUUUGUAGUAAGACUUCAUUAGGAGGCAACACUCACUUAUUAUUUCAUUUAAUUUCA